CCGUGGCGCUGUGCGUCUGUCAUUGUAUACGCGUGCGAAAAGUUCAUAAUCACAAUUUCAUCAAGCUUACGAAUUUGCGUACCAGUACUUAAUUGACGAUCAAGUUUACAAGGGGUGGAUUUUUUCUGAAGGACGAGGCCACUGAUGGAAAAAAAUUACCGACGAAAAAUUUCGGAAAAAGGAUCACCGCUAUAUGACUGUAAGAUUUCUUCAAUUCGCAACACGUAAGAAGCAUCUGUUUCCAACCAUCGACGUAACUUUAUGACAGAUAAAAAAUUCUGUUUACUUCGUCAAUCACGGUAUCCUAACCCCAAAGAAAACGCUCGUUCUGCCCGUUCUGACUGAGCAUUCGGAUAUUUUCGCAUGUGCUUAACGAUAAGUGUCUUGUCUUACUACACUACCAUCGAAAAAAGAUACAGCAAUCAGGUUCAACAUGGAUGAUGACUCAGAUUUUGUUAUGAUAAAAAGGAUAAAGAUGGAACCAGAAGCAAUUUUGUCCCAGGAAGAUGACAUAAUGGCUCAGCUUCAGCAGGAGAGUUCAGAUUUGGAAGUAGAGCCGAGUUUUGCACUAGAUGGAGUAGCUAAUGGAGACGAUGCUAACGAAGGUGUACUGAUGCAGCACAUGGACAUAAGAGAGCCAUUAUCAACCUUAAGAAAUCUACUCGAACAAAGACUGGGUGUUGAAUUAAUGGACUAUUCCUUUUGGCUCCAAGAUGCUCAGAUGCUUGAGAGUCACAAAAAUUUGGUUGACCAAUGCGUUCAGGGGGAGGGACUAGUACAAGUCAAUGUACAAAUAAAAGCCAAUCAGAGACGCAUUAAUAUUGUGGAUGUCUUGAAACCUGCUGAAGAUUACAUCGAGUUGGCUGAAAACACAUCAGAGCAAAGCUCAGCGGCGGCAACACCCAAUGAAGAGGGAAAGCAGAAUGUCAUCAGGUGGAUGGUAGACCCACAGUAUAGGAAGGAACAGGAACGUCUGAAAAUACCAGCAAGUCCCAAAGACUGGUCUCAAGCCCAUGUAAAGCAUUGGUUGCAGUGGGCUGUCAGGCAGUUCAAUUUAGUUUCUCUAAGACUAGCCGACUGGAACAUCACAGGCUCACAACUCUGUAAUUUAACCCUUGACGAAUUUCAAUCAAAAGUUCCACUCGAUCCUGGCGAUGUUUUUUGGACACAUUUGGAGUUGCUCAGGAAAUGCAAGUUUGUUGCUGUUGUCCAGAAGGAUCCUCCCAUGGCAUCAAACGGUAAUACCGACGAACUUAAGUCGGCAAAGGCCAGGAAUCAGAAGACCCCAAAGGCACGUAGUUUGAAUCAGCAGCCCCGGUUAGUGAGUGUUCCGAUGGGAAGUGUUGACUCGCCUGGAAUAACGAUUGCGACGUCAAACCGAACAGGAAGCAACGGUCAAAUUCAACUGUGGCAAUUUCUGUUGGAAUUAUUAACGGAUCGAGAGCACAGAGGAGCUAUUCAGUGGUUAGGAACGGAAGGAGAGUUUAAACUUAAUCAACCCGAAGUAGUCGCUCAGCUUUGGGGAGCUCGAAAAAAUAAACCUUCGAUGAAUUAUGAAAAACUGAGCAGAGCACUCCGGUAUUAUUACGACGGGGACAUGAUAUCGAAAGUUCAUGGAAAGCGAUUCGUGUACAAGUUUGUUUGCGACCUUAAACAGCUGUUAGGAUAUUCUGCCGCGGAACUUAGUCGGCUUGUCGAAGAAGGUAGAAGAUACUUCUGAAAAGAAUAUAAGUGUGGUAAUACGCAGUUAACACAGUUAUGAUGUUAUUACAGUUGGAGUAUUUGCCAAUAAAGAGUUCAAUUAACGAACGGCAAGCAAGGAAAAAUUUACAUGAACUUUAUAAAGAAUAGAUUAUUAUUACUUUGUCGCUGUAAGAUUUAAAUCCACUAAAGAAACAAACUGAAACGGUAGAAUUGUGGUUCUUUUAAAUCAUUCUUGCUUCUUGGUGUGAAUUUAAUCUGUUCAACGUUAAAACUCUUUUCUUAUGGAUUACAUUUCGCAAACGUAGUUGACAUAAAGACAAGGUUGUUAAUGUACAUGAAAGUGGAGUACAUGUGAAAGGAGUUAGCUUUAGGUGCGAAGAUCCACCUAGUCAAGUUGAGUAAUGCUCCUGAAAAACAAGAUCGAAGUAAACUAUUUACCAAUAAAAUAACGGCUUUGGCUAACUUUUGUACAUGAAAAUCUUUUUAUAAGCCGCGAUCAAAGUUUUCGAUAUGCAGGACAUUCCUAAACCAAAAUUGACUUCUUCCACGUAAUGAUACCAUAUAUAUUUUAAUUCCAAGUAAAAUAAAGACGAAGUAGUUAUGAAUCUUGGUUUCGCUUCUGUAACAUGAUACAAGAUUGAAAGCGUACUUGUGUAUUCAAAUUAUUGUUGACAGAACCUUGCAAUUGUUUGAUUGUAUUUAAGUAACAAGGGAUUAUAAUUAUAAAUAUAUAUAUAUAUAUAU